AUGGUCUCCCUUCGCCUCCUCCUCUCCUCGUUCCCUCGGCCGCCGUGGCAGCGAGUUAAUGCCGGCUCCUCCUCGACCAAACUCCGCGCGGCCAUGGCCGCCGUCGCCGCCGCCACAGUUGGGAUUGGAGUAGGCCUAUCUCUGUCUGCGAAAAUGGAGAACUCUGGGGGACAUUUUAUGUUCAAUUCCCUGGGUAAUCCUUCUCCCGUCUGGGCUUCUCUGUCUUUGACGACCGCUGCCGAGGGGACGCUGGUGGAGCCGAAGACUGGAGCGGAGUUCCCCGCCGUCCUGGACGGCACGAGGCGCCUCCUCGGUGUUGGACUUCGGAGGAAGAGCCUAUUCGGAUUGAAGAACAUCGAUGUAUACGCUUUUGGUAGUCUCUUUUUCUUCAUCAGUCUCUUUUCUUUCUGCUUGCGAAUGGGAAAACCUAGCCUGCGCUGAUCUCAUGAUACAUUGUUCAUAUAUCAUAUUUAACGAGAACAUAGCUAGAUUUCAUUCGGUGCUUUUAGAUCCCACCAACUGAUUCAUAACGCAGGAGAGUAAUCUACCGUCGGAAAAUACUGGAUUCCUCGGGAGAGACGAUAACAUCUUUCUUGGCUUGCAACUGGAUCUUAUGAUAUCCCCAAAAAUUAGAUAUAGAUUGCUUGAAUUUGGUUCAAGAGCGUGCUAAUCUAGUUAUCUGGGCCAGCUUUCUUAUAUAUGCUAUCAUGUUUAAACCAGAGGGAGCGAAAUAUUGGGUGAGUUACUGCAACUUUCCAGAGAACACCCUAUGAUCAUUAGUACUGGCCAGCGUCAUAUCUAGGGUAUAACAUCUUAUGAUCAUUAUCUGUAUGCAUAGUUUUCUCUUCCUCUCCAUAAUCUUGCGAUGAUAUUGUUAGAGUGAGUGCAUGUUAGGGUUUCAACUUAUGAGAUAGAGAUGGAAAAUCAACCAUAGGUGAGAAGUAUAAGCAUUUACAUACUGAUUGUCAUGUGGGAAUCUAAUGUCUGUGCUGAGCCCUGGAGUCUUAGAGCAUGACAAUCAAUAGAUCCUAUGGAAAUAAGGAUCGGAUUUGUUUGAUCAAAAGAAAUUGUUCAUAAUAAAUAAGACAGUUUAUGUUAAGAGUGUAAACUAAAAUCUUAGCCCAACUCUUUAUCCUCUCUCCAUGGUGGAAACAGCAUCUUCUCAUCUGGUGUAAACGAGUUCUCUUAUGGAAGAAAUGUAUUCAAAUGUAUUGUCGAAUUUAUCUGUAAUAUCCUCAAAGAUCAAGAACUUGACCGAGAUUUGAUUGAAAAAAAUUAUCAUCUCUGAAUCGAAAAAAUCUUGAAAUAGGCAGAUAUAAAGGCUGCAUUCAUGUACGCCAUUUUCAUAUAAAAAAAUCAGGCUAUUUAGAAAAAAAUUAGUGAUGAAAGGAUGAAGAAGAAAACCUUGUAGCGGCUACUACUUACUAUUUCUUGUGGGCAAAUCUGGUUAUUUCUUUCCUCUCUCAGUAGCUUAUCUUUUUUCAGGUGUUUAUGCUGAUGAUGGAGAUAUAAAAAAUUUGAGAGAGAAAUAUCAAAAUCUUACAAUUCCUCAGCUGAAAGAAUGCAAAGAGUUCUACGCAGAUAUCUUGGAGCAGGAUAUAAAUAUGACAGUCAGACUUCAGAUCGUUUACAGUAGACUGAGCAUUCGUUCAGUUCGCAGUGCUUUUGAAGAAUCAGUCGGAAACAGACUACGGAAGUUUAAUCCUGGGUCAGACAAUGGAGACCUACUCAAAAGGUGGAACUCUCUCUCUCUCUCUCUCUCUCUCUCUCUCUCUCACACACACACACACACACACACACGUUGUCAUUUUACUUCUCCAUUAAACUUGAAAACUGUAGCUUCGCAUAGAACUAGCAUGCAUGCAAAAGUAUAACUCAGUCACAUUAAAGAGGUCAUCAUGUUGGAUUAUUCGGAUUCUUUGAGCAUACAAGUAAUUCAAUCAUUUCCCAUAAGUUAUCUUAGAUUCUUUGUGUGCGGUUCAAAGCUCAAAACCUCAUUUAUUUGAAAUAAAUCAUAUGUUAUGCUUCACAUUCGAGUCCAUAAAUUCAUAAAAUCUUGCAAGAAUGUAAAGAUGACUACUACAGCGCAUGAUUGUCACCAAGAUAAAAUGUUAAGCGAUGAGAUCCCAGGAAUUGAUUCAAUAUUGCGCCUGAGGCUUAAACUUUGCACGAGUUUUGGUGGGCGGAAGAUCUCUUCUCCUAUUUUAUGUAGAUUAUGAUUGCAGUGUCAUUAUAAUUUUACAAAUGUCAACAUUUUGGUUGAUAAAAGAGUUUUCGAUUCAUCUAUGAGCAAUAGGUCAAAGUUGAAGGCUUAAUUUUACAUAGAAGCUAAUUUCAAUUUUGAUGGCGGCUUCUCCUUCAUGCAGAAAGAUCACUUCUCAGUGAUAAUAGAUCUGAUAUUAUCUAAUAAUUAAUUUAUUUCAUCACAGCUUUACGUCUUUAUUUAAAGAUGAAUACAAGAUACCACGGGGAUCUACAAUAGAUCUUACAAGGGAAUGUGGGCACGUGCUUCACACAAGAAGUAAGUAAGAUGAUUUUUUAUUAUUUUUUUAUUUUUAUUUUUAUUUUUUGGAAUGAAUGAGUGAUUGAAUUAUGCUGUCAGAAUAAUCUCACACUGGAGAAGAAAAAAAUAUAACAUCAUGUUGGUGGUAGAGAUCGGCAUAUUUCCCUCAUAUAUAUAUUAAGCGUUGAUAGAAGAUUUCUUUCAGUCUUACCUAUUCUUCAUUUUCUGGCUUUCAUCAGACCAACUAUGGGAAAAUAGUGAAUUAUAAUUAUUACACUCAUUGAAGGGAUCAGUGGGAUGGGCUGGUUCCAUUCAUCAAGGAGAUCAAGUGAGCCUGCAGUCCAGCGGGGCCCAGUUUUAUUUAUACUUUUGCCUCAGGAUCAAGUUAUGAUAUCAUGGACUCCACUAAAAUCCCAUGGAUUCAUUAGGGUUAGACCCUAAUGAAUCCAUGAGUUACGUACUCUCUCUCUCUCUCUCUCUCUCUCUCUCUCUCUCUCUCUCUCUCUCACUCACUCAAGUGUGUAAGGGGGGGGCGUACCCAAUCAAGAAAGGAAAAAAGCCAACAAGGGCUUGAGAUAAAUUCACGUUCCACUUAAUUUUUAUCUAUUACUGUAGAUAUAUUAUGAUGUGAUCUUGAGGUCAUCACCAGGCCGGAAAAUUGAUAUAUUUUGGGUAUUUAUUUCUCUAGUUGAUGGAAAGGAGAUUGGAAGCAUCGAGAGCAAGCUCCUGUGCCGGUCCAUAUUUGAUCUUUACAUCGGAGAUGAGCCAUUCGAUCGGCAUGCCAAGGAGGAGGUUGAACUCAGUCUGGCUUCGCUUCUGCAGGACUAG